AUGUUGUUACUAAUCACGGUUUUUCUUCAUUUUAUCAAAUACGCAUCGACACUAACCGAGUGUCAAUCAAGAGCUUCAAUUUGGACGUAUUAUCCUUGUUCGUUUAUUGUUUCGUCGACGUCUUCGUGUACACAAGCAUCAGUUAGUUUAGCAAUAAAUGAAUGUUUAAAUCAGAACUUGACAUUUUUCUGGCAUUUUCCAUUUGGCAAUCUGACAAUCACAUUGGAAUCAGAGAACAAUCAAGCCUUUUUCUUGCGUUUAUCCAAAAUACCCUUGCCAAAGCGAAAAUUAAUAAAAAAUAUUUAUUAUGUCAACACGUACAAGACCAAUAGUGAAAGACCAAUCUUGAACAAUGAUCAAACAGAAGAUGUUAUCAUUCCUUCCAAUCGUUAUUACCAAUCGUCGAUCAAAUUCGAGACAGUCAAUGAAAUCAUUUUCGAUUAUGGAACAUUUAUACAAAUGACGGUUUGGAUGAAUGGUGAUACAAAUUGA